AUGGCGACGGCAGCGACCAUGAACGGCGCCCAGCAGGCCUUUGCGCCUGUUCUCUCAGCGCUGGCGACCAUGUCUAGCAACGUGGACCGGUCGCAGAAGAGUCAAGCACAUACCUACCUCGAGCAGUUCCAGAAGUCCUCAGAGGCCUGGACCUCCACUUUUGCUAUACUGCAAUCGUAUGACGCCACAGACGAGGCGAAGUUGUUUGCGGCAACGACGUUGAAGGGAAAGAUUGUUUUCGAUUUUCAUCAACUGCCCCGCGAAUCGCUGCCGCAAUUACGAGACACACUGCUCUCAGUGGUAGCAACCUAUGCCAAAGGCCCUAAACCCAUACGCACACAGCUAUGUGUCUGUCUCGCAAACCUGGCCAUCCUUAUGCUGGAUUGGAAGGAGGUCCUGCAAACGGUCGUGUCUGCGUUGGGUAGUGACCAGGCAGGCAUAUCGUGCGUUUUGGAGUUCUUGCACGUAUUGCCAGAAGAGGUGACAGAGGGUCGGAAGAUCAAUUUGGCAGAAGACGAAUUGCAGAAGCGGCAGGUUGAGCUCUUGGAAGAGAAUGGACAGCAUGUGUUGCGCCUGCUCGUGCAGUAUGCAUCCUCCUCGCCCGAGGCACAGAAGAACCCGCAGCUCAUGGAGUGCAUUACAUCCUGGAUACGAGAGGUCCCACUCAACGACAUCGUCAACUCGCCAUUGAUGGACGUGGUGAUGACGGCUGUGCAGUCGGAGACCUCGUUCGAUGCAGCAGUGGAGACUUUAUGCGCAGUGUUCAAAGAGACACGGGAGGUGGACGAGAACAUGGACACGAUCAAAGUCUUGUUCCCACGACUCGCUCAGCUCAAGCCUCGGAUACAGGCGUGCGCAGAUGAGGAAGACUGGGAGACACUAAAGGGCGUCACGCGUGUUUUCGCUGAAGCAGGUGAAGCCUGGGUGAUACUCAUCGCACGGCAACCGGUUGAUUUCCGCCCUCUCGUCGAAUCUGUUCUGGAAUGUUGUUUGCGCGACAAGGACCGUGAGGCGUUGCACCAAACCUUCAACUUCUGGUAUGAACUCAAGCAGUACAUCACCUUGGAGCGGUAUAUGGAGGCACGACUACAGUACGUCGACGUCUACUCAGCUCUCGUCGAUAUCAUGAUCCGGCACCUGCAGUAUCCUAAGCCAGAGGACGGCAACGACGCCGAUCUCUUCGAUGGUGACCGAGAAGCUGAGGACCGAUUCCGCGAAUUCAGACAUCAGCUCGGCGACGUGCUCAAAGAUUGCUGCGAGGUUAUUGGCGUGACAGAAUGUCUUCAGAAGAGCUAUGUGCUCAUCGAGAAGUGGGUUAGCCAAUACGGGUCCCAGGCGAGCGCAGGCAACGUACCCAAUUGGCAAGAACUUGAGGCUCCGCUGUUUAGCAUGCGAGCUAUGGGCCGUCAAGUUCCACCAGACGAGAAUAUCAUGCUACCGCGGCUCAUUCCUCUCAUUGUUCAGAUCCCAGAGCAAGAGAAGGUGCGGUUUCAAGCUGUCAUGGCGCUGGGUCGAUACACUGAGUGGACAGCACAACACCCAGACACUCUGCAAGACCAGCUCAACUUCAUCAUGGGUGCUUUCCAGCACCCUUCAAAAGAGGUCGUUCGGGCGGCUGCACUGAGCUUCAAAUUCUUCUGCAACGACUGUGCCGAUCUGCUCAAGGGCUACAUGCCGCAAAUCCAGCAAUUCUACGAGGCAAACCUGGAGGCACUACCAUCAACCAGUCAGGAGGAGACCACCGAAGGUGUUGCUUCUGUUCUUGCGAAGCAGCCACUCGAGACACUCUACCAAUCGAUGAAGCUGUGCUGCGACCCGAUUGUGAAGCGCUUGAUGAGCAUGGCCAAUGCUGCAACAGACAAAGAGCAGAAGCUAGCCAUUGCAGACCAUCUCAACCUCCUUACGAUCUUCAUACAGUGGGUCACGCCAUACGUCGAGCCUUCGAAAGAUCAUCCGGCGGUGAAGUACUGCGGAGAGAUAUUUGGCACGCUUGCAACGAUCUGCGAAGCCUUCAUCGACUUCGUUCCCAUCGUUGAGCGCGUGUGUAGGUGUUGGAGGUACAUCGUCCUCUCAUACCGCAUCCACACUGCUCCACUACUACCGCAGCUCGCCGAGAAGUUGUCCGCGGGCUUCACUGCCAGCCGCCAAGGGUGCUUCCUCUGGGCUACUGACAGCAUCGUGCGAGAGUUUUCAGACGUUUCUGAUUACGUCUCCCGCGAGACCACUGAUCAGAUCUACGUCUUCUACGAGUCUCAGGCCACCACCUUCCUGCGUGCGCUGAACGACCUUCCACCGGAAGACCUUCCCGAUGUCAUCGAGGACUUCUUCAGAUUGUCGACCGAUGUCCUGCUCUACCAUCCCAACAAGAUCGUGGCAUCCUCGCUCAUGUCGUCGAUUCUAUCCGCCGCCUCGACCGCCCUGACGCUUCUCAAGGAAGAGCCGCUGAUCGCUACCCUGCACUUCCUGCGCGACUUCUUGGCCUACGGAUCGGACGAGGCGCCGCCAUCUGGCUUCGACCCCAAUGACGGCACCUACAAGCUUCAAGCCAACCCACCUCAAGUAAGGGACACUGUUCGCAAACUCAUCGUAGACGAAGGCGAGAACAUCGUCCAACGCUGCAUGACCGGCAUGAUGUACACCUUCCCACAAGACUGCUUCCCUGACGCAUCAGGCGUGCUGCUCGCCAUGUUUCAGCUCAUGCCGAGAGAGGUCGGGCAGUGGGUAGCCAAGACCGUGCAGAUGCUACCCCAGGGUAGCAUUGCACCUCAAGAGCAAGAGCGGUUGUUGAGGAAUAUCCAGCAGCGAAUCGAUAGCGGAGAGAUUAGGAAAGUGCGCACUUUGCUGCAAGACUUUACCAACAGCUAUCGCCGGCGGAAUGUCGCGCCAAGAGAGGGCCUGGGUAGAUUGGAGGCUACGAAGUUUAGGUUUUCUGGGUAG